UAUAUAAAAGCCUCCUUCAUUUCUCUCUGUAAACUUCUAAAAAUAGCCGAAACAAUAAAGAAACCCUCAUCAGCUUCCACUGGCCACUAAGAGUUGCUAAAUUACCUUUUCACUUAAGUUUGUCUCAACUCCUGCACCUUGGUCGGAGAGGUUGAUUUGAUUUAGGUAGCCUUUCGCGCUGAAAUUCAUACAGUAUCCAGGCCAUCGAUCCACAAUGGCCCAUAUUUUGUCAAGUGGCCGAUGGCCGCUGUAGGAGUGACUAUGCAAAUCAAGCGUGUGAAAAUGCAUUUGCGUUGAAUUGAGGGCUGUAACUUGAUUGGGCGGCAUUGUUCGUUCAAACUGGAGGUGGCAAAGUAUCCGCUACAUUUGUUUCCACCAUGUGCGCUUUGAUGUAAGAUGAGACAGUGAUAGUUCUGUUGGAUAAGAAUUUAAACUUUUGCUGAAAUUCCACCAGAUAGUGAACGCAGUAGCGGAGAUAAGAUGAUGCAGACCCCUGAUGAUUUCCAAGAAAAGCACAAUGAGCCAAUCAUUAGUUGUAUGUUGGUUGGGGAUGGUGCUGUGGGGAAAACCAGCAUGAUUAUAAGUUACAUCUCAAAUGGAUACCCAAACGAAUACCGCCAGACGGCCUUUGACGUCUUCACCGGAUUGGUUAGAUUAGAUGGGAUUCCAGUACAAAUCCAGUUGAUGGACACUGCAGGACAGGAGGAGUUUGAUAAUUUUCGCUCCAUGUUUUACAAUCAAAUAGAUGUCUUCAUCAUUUGCUUCAGUGUUGUCAACCCAGUGUCUUUCCACAACAUCACUUCAAAAUGGAUCCCACAGAUCCGCACCUUCAAUUCUGCUUCACCCAUAAUUUUAGUGGGUACCCAGUCUGACCUCCGGCAUGAUGUUGGCAUCCUUAUCCAUCUGGACCAGCUGAGGGUCAAGCCAGUGGUGAACUCCCAGGCCAGGCGUCUGGCAGAGAAGAUCAGAGCCCACGACUAUGUGGAGUGUUCCGCACUGACCCAGAAGAACCUAAAAGAAGCAUUUGACUCUGCUAUCUUUGCUGCCGUCAAGCACAAGGCCUGUGAGAAAGCAAAGAAGCUCAAACUAUUUGGUCGUGCAAAUACUUUUUCUAGUGGGGGGUGGAAGAAGUUAUUCUGCUUCAUGUGAUCCAAUGGCACUACCUCAAUACAGGACACAAAACCCUCUGGUGUUGAAUACUAGGGGGUGGCAGUAGCAGUUGGCUGGAUUACUAAGAGUUAGUUAUUCUGGACAAAAGUUGUCAUAUGUUGUGCUUAUUGAAGCUCAAAAGCCAAAAGUUCCCCCAGGAACAUGUGAUAGCCUUCCACCAUUGUAUGCACUGUGGAAAGUCUUUGUUACUCACAGGAUUCAGACAGCAUUGUAUUGCAGUUGGUGUCACGGCCUAUUUGCGACCUGACUAUCACUUUUCUAGCGCAUAUACUGCAUAGUCAAGUAUUUUGUUUGUAGGCUUUAUAAAAUGUGAAUAUCUUCUAGCCAUAUAUGCUUCUUGUGGAAGCCACGUUUCAAACAAUGUUUGCCUUGUCGUUUUAUGUCACGUUUACUUGUCUCGUUACACAUUUCACUUUAAGUGUUAAUUUUUUUGUUUAUUUUAAGAAAUUAGGAGUUUGUAAAUGUGAAAAUAUAAAAUCAAGAAUGGGUCGUUAACCCAAUGUUCCCCGGGAGGCCGCCAUUGUUAAUAAGAAUUUAUUCUUAACUGACUUGCCUAGUUAAAUAAAGGUUAAAUGUAAAAAUAUAAAGAUGAUGUAGAUCAGCCCUCAUUAGAGUAGUUCUAGAAAAUUAUAUUCACUAAUGACUUGGACCUUAUUUUAAUUUACUGUUAACAUGUGAGCUCCAUUUUAUGGUACGGUCACUGAGGGAUCACUGAGGGAGGCCAACAGUCUGAGGUAAAUCCUCAGAAAACAGAGGGAAAGACAGAGUUGAGAAUAUUCUCACCACAGGGUUUUGUUACCCAGCUCACAGACAAGGGACUACGGUCACCUGCUGUCACAUUGAGGAUCCAAUUUACAAGACAAAGCCUCUCCAUUAAAGCUGUUCCCUUUGCCUUUGUAAUACAGCAAAUUGGUUUAAGCCUUGGAAAGAGGAAAGUCAUAAUAGAUAUAUAAUCGAUUGCUGAGUACUACAUCGACGUGCACAGUUGUUGGGUAUUAGAAACCUUGUGCGUAUUCAUUACGGAAACUUUAAGAACCAAACGGAAACAUGGAGGGAACUACCUGAAUUUGUCCAAUAGAAACUUUUACGUUUGGAGUAAACUUCUGUUGCAAAACAUUUUGCAACGGAGUCGGCGUAAUGAUUACAGCACUGGAAAAAAGUCCAAAGUGCUUUGCUUAAGACAGAAGAUCUUUUUUAUUUGUAUGAUAAGUGGUAAAAUGAAUGUGCUAUAAAGGAGUCAACAAUUGAACUACUGAGUGAUUAUACUAUAUAGCCUGCAUUCAAGGCCUAAUGUGUCUACUGGAUAAAGUUGUGUGUCAUGUAAGGGUGGCUUUGUUCCUGGGGAUCGGCAGUGUCCGGUGCGAGAGAGGCAGGUUAGUGUUUGGUGUGAGAGGGGCAGGUUGAAGUGGUCAGAGUAGUGCAGAAGGUGUCCUAUGCUGAGGCAGUGAAGAAAUUUGAGGAGGGGUCAAGGGUGAGGGAUCCUGAGAGGAUCUAAGUGAGUAGUAGAUUUGUGCCAGCACAGAGGGGGAUAGCCCAACGAGUGAUAGUGUAUAUUCUUCAUUAGGUUUGAUUUCAUUUUAUAGCAAUGGUUAUCAACUGUACCGCAGAAAUGGAACACAAAUAACAUGGAUGUUGUGGAGGUAGCUGCAGAGAAGAUUUGGGGUUUAUGUGAUUUGACUCCAGAAGAGUUACAGGGUGCGUUGAGUAGGGGUGUCUCCUGUCCUCCCAGGCCGUUUGCUUGGGCAGGAGCAGAUAGGAUCAAAGUAGUGGAAUGGAGAAGUGGGUUGUUAAUGAGUAUAGGUGGCAGCUGCAGAUAAGUACCUGGGUGUAAGAGAUUUUACUCCAGAAGUUAUGUUUUGAGAUUUUUAUUUUUGUGAAAUAGUGUGUGUGUGGUGAAAAUGUGUAUCCCCCUGCCUUUUUAAAAUGUUUAUAUAACAACUGUAAAGUGAUCGAACACACACUACUGCACAGUAGGUGGUGGCAUGCACGAACAAAAUAUGAGAAUGCCAUUAUACCAAAGAAGUAAUGCCGCUGCCUGAAGUUGUAAUUUCUAUGAAUGUUGUAUUUCCUCAGCCUGCUGUGUUAACGAGACAUCUCAUAUAUCCAAUCUCUGGAGCCUGUCAAACUAGAUACGUGCCUGCUAUCCUAGCACACUGCUGAGCUCUGGGGUGUAUUCAUUAUGCCUUGUAACUGAAACCAUUUACUGCUGAAGAACCAAACGGAAGCAAACAGAGAAAACGGAACGCAACUGGGAGGGACCUACCUGAAUUUGUCCAAUGCAAACUCUCAUUUUCGUUGUAUAAACAUUUUCCGUUUGGAGUAAACUUUCUGUGGCAAAAUGUUUUGCAACAGAAUCGGUGUAAUGAAUACACCCUUGAUGAACCUCCAAUGUUUUCUGUUGGAUCAAUCAAUCUGUCAAUUCCUUAACAUCGUCAAGGAGACCAUUAACAUGUAUAGUGGAGUGAAUCACUGCUUUCUCUUCUAGGUAGUAAUUAGCAUUCUGAUAACAAUGGUUUCCUCACUCAAAGGCUUCUCUAGUAGAAAACAUAAUGUGGUGACUAGAAACUGUAUCUGCAAAAGGAAAAACAAUUAUUUUGGAAUAUUAGUUAUCAGUAAAUAUAUAUUUGAUUAUGGGAGAUACUCCUGACAGUUUUGUUUCCCUUAGGCUGUGUUGCGCACAAAUCCAAAUGAUUCUGGUGGAAUUGACUUGGAAUGAAGGAGUGGUAAAAUCUAGGACAAGUUAAUCAUCUUAGAAAUGUCUGCACUGAAAUUCACAUUCCCAGGACAAACAUCAACUUGAUUUAAAAACAGCAAAUCAGAUGAUGCCUCCAUAUGAAAAAGAGAACACACACUUUUUGGGGUUAAUCAGAGCCUACUUUAUUUUGGAGGGGAACCACAGCUACUAAGGUUAAGAAAUAUGGCUACGUUUACACAGGCAGCCCUAUUCUGAUCAAUUUUUCCACAUUGGUAUUUUGACCAAUCACAAAAUCUCUUUCAGAGCUGAUCAAAAGACCAAUUUGUAAAGCGUGUGUGUGUGUGUGUAUAUAUCAGAAUUUGCAUAAUCUAUUUGAAAGUGUAUAAUUCACUAAACUGUGCAUGUGG